AUGGCCUCUCUCCUCCCCCUCCGCCGGGCACCCACGUCCCUCCUCUCCUCCACCUCCAAACAAUCUACCCUCCUCGCCCGCUCCCUCCGAGCCAGCACCACCAUCCCCUCCACCCGGACCUUCAGAACAAGAUCCUCCACCCUCCUCCCCAACACCAUCACCAAGAGAACCACCAUUACCCCCAUUUCUCGCCCUCAUCACUACCCCCUGAUCUCCUCCACUUCAAUCCGCCAAAAAAGCACCAAAGACAACGAUGCCCCCACCUUCCGCCAAUGGGGUUUUGAAGACAUAAACGCUUCCCUCCCCAACAGCCCGACUGAAAAGCCCAUCAUUUUAAUUGACGUGCGCGAGCCCGCCGAGCUCUCCUCCACCGGCAUCAUCCCCUCGGCUGUGAGCGUGCCGCUCGCCUCUCAACCGGACGCACUCUUCCUGACUCCGGAGGAAUUCGAGACGAGGUUCGGGUUCCCCAAGCCUGGUGUGAAGGGGGAUGAGGAGGGUGCCGAGAUUGUGUUUUAUUGUAAGGCGGGGGUGAGGGCGCGCGCGGCGGCGCAGUUGGCGGAGCAGGCGGGGUAUGAGGCAAGUAGGCUGGGGGUUUAUGAUGGGAGUUGGUUGGAUUGGGCGAAGAAGGGGGGUAGGGUGGAGAGGUGGGAGGGCAAUGAUAAUUAA